CCGAGAUGGAGCCACCGCAGGGGCAGACACUGCAGGGGGUUGCUGCGGCGCCACCCCUGCCACCCCCGCCGUCCGCCCCUCUGCAGACCCAGCCGCCCCAGCAUGCACCGCGGCCCACCCCUGGCGACAACAACAGCAGCUGUCAGGAUGACGUGCUGUCGCCGUCGGACGAAAACAGCCACGAUGUGAGGACCGCGACCACGCCCGACUUCCCCGACGUGCAGUACAGGACCUUCAGCGAGGUGGUGCGCGCGUCGCCCGUGCUCGCGGCGCGUCAACCCGAGGCGCACGAGGUUGGGGCGUUGUCGCCCGCCGCCGCGGACGAGGGCGAUGAGGACGACGAGGACGAUGCGGGGCAAACGGCCCUGUGGCAGCCGCCCCGGGGCGACCAGAGCGACGCGGAGGUCGAGGUGAUCCAGGCCGAGCCCCCAUUGGGUGCUCCGCCCUCCCUCCGCCAAGAGGCCCUUCACGACGUCCGCGACGACGCCCUCGGUUUUGGAGGUUAUGUCGCCCAUGGCCUCGAUCAGGACGACCAGGACCUGCCGAGCCUCCUCGACGACCAGGGCAGCUCCACGUCGCUGGAGUCCGCCGCCAGCGAGCUGCCCGAGGAUGCCGACGACCGCGAACACUUCUUCAGCCCCCUGAAGCGGAUCGUUCGCAGCUACCUACGCAGACGCACUGUUGCCCCCGAGAGGAUGGGGAAUCUGCAGGGCUCCGAGGGCAAGGCGGGCCGGGCGGGCGCGGGCGGCAAGAGCCCCGGCAAGCUCCGCAAAGCCGCGGCCCGGAAGUCGCCCUUCAGCGACCCGUUCCUAACACCGCAGAGCGCGGACGGCGCCAGCCACUACUCGGACGCGGACGGCGCCGAGGGCGAUGUGAUCCGGCACGCCGACGACGAGGACGACGACGACGACCCCCUGUCGGACGCCCGGACGCUGACGCCGGCCUCGGCUCGGCACUCGUCGCGGCUGCAGGACAAGACUUCGGAUGACGACGCCACCCUCACGGACUGCGACGACCGCUCCGACUGGGAGCGCACGCCCCAGCCCACGCCGCAGCACGCGCCGCGCGCCUACAAGGCGUCGCUGCAGGACCUCUGCGCCGUCGAGUCGGUGGGCCUCAGCCGGGAUGACUUGACGUACUCCAUGGCGGGUUCCAUGACGGGCUCCAUGGCGGGCUCGGUGAGCUCCGUGUCGGGGCUGUCGGGGUCGGUGGGCUCGGUGUCCGGCAACGUGUCCUCCCUGGGCGGCGGCGGCUCCGUGUCGGGCGUGUCCGGCCUCUCAGGCGCCAUGUCCGUCGCCGGCUCCAGUCGCGACGCCGCGCUCGACCUGUCGUAA